AGAAAACAUUUUCAUUUUCUUCUUUAUUUGUAGCGAGUGCAUAUGUGAUGAGUGUAUGAUAAAUCAACAGAGAUCAAUGGGAUCCAGGUUCUGGUGUCCUAAGGUCACAGAUUGCAGUGCACCUUUCGACACUCUUUUAUUUUAGCUGGUCAAUCAGCAUGGUUUUAGUGGGGUUUGGCCAUUUCCAGCCUGAUUUCCGGCCAUUUUAGGCUGGAAAAUGACCAGAUAAAAAACGAUUGAGCAGCCUGGUUUAAGGUUUAAGCUGAGCAGCUGGUUUUAGCUGGAAUGGCCAAAACCCCUCUAAAACCAGGCUGGCCAACCAGCUAAAGCUAAUAACCAGGCUUGUCUGGUUUAAGCAAUUUUUUUUUUCAGCAGGGAUGCUUUAUGGGUACAAUUAAGCUUUCCAAAAUGUCUUAUUUUACACCACACGAGGGGGAAUACAUUGUGAGAUAUUUUUCAUUUUAGGGUGAACUAUUCCUUUAAUGCUCCUGGUGAACCGGAUGCAAUUCCUGCUCCGUGUCAGUGUUGACGGUACGUGGCCAAUGGCGGACGAAGUCUGGGCUUUGUCUCAAAACCAUAGCCUACGUUUUGCACAAAUACACUACAAAACUAACCAUAUAGUCGACGGUUUUUAAUCGUGCGUGUUUUUAGACCCUCAUGACAUCCGCUCCCAUCAGCAUGGAUGUGAAUUUGACCAUCUCCCUGAUGCGGGGCCAAAUGGGCGCUGUUAUCGAGAAAGCCGUGAACGUCGCGGUAGAGACCGUUUUGGGAGAAAUGAUCCGGGUAGUCGGACUCAAGUUUGAGGAGAUCAAACGGGAGAUGACCGCUAAAGAGAAGGAGAAUGAGAACAUUAGAAGAAUGUUGGAGACGUCCAGAUGUCAGAUGAAAACUAUGCGCAAGUACAUGAACGUCAUUGCGGCUAAAGACCCCAAUCAUAGACCGUACCAGGCAGAAGGAGACAUGGCAACAUCCAGCCCCGAGCUUCACUGCAGAAGAGCGCCGACCAGUACUGUGUCCGUGUGUGCUAAACCUCAAUACCCAUGUCCCAGACCCAGAGUUAAUGUAGCCGGGCCUGUAGCUGGACCUUCGUGGGCGAGACAGCAGCAUCUGCACAUGUCCAAAGAAACACCAAGAAAUGACAAUCACCUGGCUGAUCUUCAUAUUGAGGAGAUCCAUGGACCAUCACCAGCUCAUAAAGUGGAGAACUCAAAUCGUCAUCUGAUAGACAGUCAGGGGCUUCUGUCUGAGACCAGUGAUCCAGUAUGGGGACAAAACCCUCUGGCAUCUGCUGACUCUAGACACACAGACAUACCAGACAGCAGCGUCCUCUCUGCACCCAUGAUGGUGGAUGAAAGUAUGCCAUCCCAAACGACAAACACAGGGGCUUUUGGAGCACCAUUGAUGAAGAUCAAACAGGAGGAUGCAGAGGUUGAAAUAGUCUGUGUGAAGGAUGAACCUGGAGAAUCCGGCAGCGCAUCAAGGCUUGAAUAUCCCAACGCUGAACUUAAUCAAGUUGGGGAACCAGAGUUUGGGGUUCCACUCGAUCUGCCUGCACCAUUUCAAACUCUUCAGAGUCCAGGAACUUCCACCGACCUCAACAUUCCAGCAUUCAUCGGCAUGGAUCCAUCCACCUAUGAGGAAUCUCAGCUGUCUGUGACAGGGGUCCAAAAGCAGGUACGUCCGAGACGCAAGGACCUGAACCUGUAUGAAGAGUACAAACGCAGCCGAACUCUGAGAGGCCGGAACACAAACAGAGGACGCACUACAAACCGGCGACGCGAGCUGGAGCAGACUCUACCGCAGGCUCUACUGGCCGACCUGGUGAGAGAACGAAGGGAAAAAACCCGUCUUCGAGUAGCCCGCUGGCGUGCCAAACGCAAAUUGCAAGCCUGUCUGAUGGCCUCGCAGGCUGCUCAGUUUAAUGGCACCUCUGGACAGAGUUCGCCAGCCCAGCGCGGAGGCCUGAUCUCCUGCCGCAGGAGAGGAGGAGGGGUAGCACAGCGCGGUGGGCUUGGGUUGAGAAGAGGACUGGCAGAAACUGGCACAUAUAACCUGCUGCUGCAGCUGGGGCCCAGUUCUGCCCAGUCGGUACCGCCACGCAGCAUCAAUGAGGGGGUCAUGCAGACCGCUUCAUCAGUGAUGGCACCACACAGAACUACUGUAGCUAGAUCACCUUACCAAUAAUUCACUGGAAGAAACACACUAAUAAACAUAAUGUCAUUCUGAUUUUGACACAAUCUGUUUGGCAGUGUCUUGGCGAUUUGGAAACAGGAAUGGGAGUGGAGAAAUAAGAUUAAGUCUAUUUUAAAAUUUGUGUAAUAGUGCAUGACAGCAAUCAUGUCCGAGAUGCUUCUUGACUGUGGAAGGCUGAUGGUGCCAAAAUGUAUGAUGUAGUUCAACAUGUAAUUGCAUGUUAAUCUGAAAAAAGGUGUCAUGGUGAUUUGAAAACACAAUUAGCAUUGAGAGACUAGAUUUAAUCAUUUAUCUAAAAAAAAUUGUGUCAGAGUACAUACCAAUUAAAAUGGUCUCUAUGAUGCUUCAUUACUGUGGAAAGCCAUAAUUGGCAAAUUCCAUUUUAAAGCCGAGGUCACACAGUGCUGCGAAAAAGGGUGGGAUAAACAAGAUGAUUAGACAUUAAUAAAGCAAACAACUGCUCCAUAUUUUACAUUUCUGUCCUGAGGUCAAGUUUUGAUCUUCAAUUGGUCUCACACAAUCACGUGAUGCUAUUUUUGCUGGUCAGAGUUCAUCAAGCUUAAACUUUGCAAUGCAGAGCAAGUGUUUCAGGUUUGCCGCAUUCAUAUGCAUAUAAAUGGAAGUCUAUGGGGCGAAAUGUGCAGUGUGACCGCAGCUUUAUACACAAUUACAGGUUUAGGCUAUAUACUAGAGCUGCACAAUUAAUCGAAAAAAUAUUGUGAUCUCGAUUCGGCCCCCUAGACGAUCUUAAUCCAGCAUUUCUACGAUUCUGUCAAUCAUAUUUUCAAGUUCAGGAGGGAGGCAAAGGCGGCCGCACAAGUCUUCACAAUGUUUUACGUACAAUGUUCAGCAAUGUGGACAUCUCCAAAUGGUGUUGAAAGAGUCACAUGCUGUAUUUAUAAUAUAUAAUUCACAUUAAAAAUGUAAUUUCUGUCUUUAUGUAAUUUUGUAUUCACGGCCGCAAAAUCACACGUGACGAGAGCUGACCGUCAGCUGUCACCACAGGGCGGGCACACGCCUGCUAGUGAAGUCUACUAUAGCGGACAGAACCUCCAUAGGCUGUGAAUAACAGGUAAUACAGUUGUAAAUAACAUUCAGUUUGUGGCACAGAGUGAUCGUUUGGGAGCCACGCGGGAACCACAACAAAACCAAAAAUAUUUAAAGUCCGUUCAAGUCUACCAUUCCAAGUCUAUACAACAUUUAGCAUUUUAACCAACAGUAGACCUACACAAAGCCUAUGGCUGUUUUACCAUAUGUUUGAGAAAUAACAACAAUAAUAGCAUACUCGAAUUACCCUUUAUUUUACAUGUAUAGAAUUGCAAGAAAAUCAAGAUCUUUAUUUUAGGCAAAAAUAAAUAAAUAAAUAAAUAUCGCAAUUCUCAUUUUAGCCAGAAUCGUGCAGCUCUACUAUAUACUAUCAGCUCGAUUAUGACAUCUGUUUAAAACAGGGUGUCAUCGUGAUUAGAAGUCGCAACUGGUGUCGAAACGCAAGAUUAAAAUAAUUUUAGCUCACACUUUGUCUCAUGGCAGACGACAACUAACAAACCAAAGGACCAAAAACAUGAUGAUUACAUAUUAACACAACACAAUUAUGUAUUACGCCUUAAUUUGACAUGUUUUGGCCCCAAUGGCCUUCCAUACACAAUGUCCCCAAAAAAAAGACACUUUCUAAAAACCUUAAUCUUGUAAACCAUUCAUGUAAUCAUACUAUUUAAAAACGUUCAUCAUGUUGAUUUAACUGAUAGCUUUCUGGGGUCAUUACAUUUAGCAUUUUAUGUGACAUUAGAAUAAUUAAAUCCCCCAAUAAACUGACCCCAUUAUGAAAUAGACACAAAAGAACAUAAAUAUUUCUCAAGGAUAUUGUGGUUGUCUGUGUUCUGCACUCAGCGGAAACAAUGUCCUAGAAAAUAACGUCAGGCCAAAUGUCCUAGUUAAGUUGGAUAGCUUGUUUGAUUAUUUUUUUUUUAAAGGAGUUUUUUUAUUUUUAAUAUUUUUACCAUUGUGGUCUAUUAUAUUUCUAGGAAAUAUUGUUGUUGGGUAUAAAUGCCAGAGUGACAUUUGUAAAAAGGAAAAAAAAUGAAUGCUAUUGCUUUCUAAAUGAGCACACGGUGCAAAUGUGCUGUAUAAGCAGAUUAAUGUGUUAGAUUUUGAGCAGCUAUGCGGUUUAACAGACUAUGUAAAAAGUGGUGAAUGCUGUUCAUAGUUUCUGGAAAUGAGUCUCUGUUUUGGCAACUGAUGUUAUGAGAUGUUUUGGUAAGAAAUGGUGUGGAAUGUUUUACCUACAAAUUAAAGUGGAAAAACUAAGACC